CGCUCUGUCAGUGGCGGCUUGCUGUCUGCUCCGGAGGGGAGGCAGGCUGCGCGGUGGCGGCCGAGGCUAGCAGGGGUGACGCCAGGGCCAGGCUGCGACCGCUUCACGCAGCUGUGACUUCUUUUGGACAACUAAUGAUAUUUAUCAUUGUGCCAAGUUUCUACGAAUAAAAGAUGGGCGGAUUUUUUUCUCGAUGGAGGACAAAACCUUCAACUGUAGAAGUUCUAGAAAGUAUAGAUAAGGAAAUUCAGGCAUUGGAAGAAUUUAGGGAAAAAAAUCAGAGAUUACAAAAAUUAUGGGUUGGAAGAUUAAUUCUCUAUUCCUCAGUUCUCUAUCUAUUUACAUGCUUAAUUGUAUACUUGUGGUAUCUUCCGGAUGAAUUUACAGCAAGACUUGCCAUGACACUCCCAUUUUUUGCUUUUCCAUUGAUCAUCUGGAGCAUAAGAACGGUGCUUAUUUUCUUCUUUUCCAAGAGAACAGAAAGAAAUAAUGAAGCAUUGGAUGAUUUAAAAUCCCAGAAGAAAAAAAUACUUGAAGAAGUCAUGGAAAAAGAAACUUAUAAAACAGCUAAAUUAAUUCUUGAAAGGUUUGAUCCAGACUCGAAGAAAGCAAAGGAGUUUGAGCCGCCAUCUGCUGGAGCAGCUGUAACUGCAAGACCUGGACAAGAGAUUCGGCAGCGAACUGCAGCUCAAAGAAACCUUUCUCCAAUGCCAGCAAACUCUAAUCAGGGCCUUCUUCCACAAGUUCCAGUAUCUCCUGGACCACCAAAGGAUGCUUCAGCCCCUGGUGGACCACCAGAAAGAGCUGUUACUUCAGCCCUACCAUCAAAUGUGUUACCGAGACGUCUUGGAUCCCCUGCUACUUCAGUGCCUGGAAUGGGUCUUCAUCCUCCAGGUCCACCCUUAGCAAGACCCAUUCUCCCCCGAGAACGAGGUGCUCUGGAUAGAAUUGUUGAAUAUUUAGUUGGUGAUGGUCCACAGAACAGGUAUGCCCUUAUAUGUCAGCAGUGUUUUUCUCAUAAUGGCAUGGCUUUGAAGGAAGAAUUUGAAUACAUUGCUUUUCGAUGUGCCUACUGUUUUUUCUUGAAUCCUGCAAGAAAAACCAGACCACAGGCUCCAAGAUUACCAGAGUUUAGUUUUGAGAAGAGGCAGACAGUUGAAGAUUCAACAUUAGUUGGUCCCUCACCGUCAGGAAGUCUGCUUUCAGCGGAGAACCAGUUCAGUGAAGAAUCUUUAGAAGAACAAGAUGUUCUUGAUAAUAGUACAGAGCAGACACAUGACAAAAUACCAGAUCCAGAGCAGACAAACCAAGUAAUUGAAAAAGCAUCUGGCUCAGAGGAAUCAGAGGAGAAACAAGAAGAGACUGAGAAUGAGGAAACUUCAAGAAGUGAAGCCAAGUCAACAGUUCCCAGAGCUGAUUCUAUUCCUAAUCUUGAACUAAGUGGAGAAUCUUUGAUGACAAAGUAGUAAAUGCUUCCACGUGCCUUCAACUGGAUAUUUGUAGUCUUCUUGAUGUCAGUUAUUGCUUUUUUGGUACUUAAAACUAUUUUUUUGCCCUUCUAAGUAUGUGUUUGAUAACAUUUCAAUUCAGAUUACUUAGCAAUUUCCGUAUGUCAAGGUUAUAUCUACUGGAUAUUAAAACCAAAAGCAAGAUCCUUUUUAAUGUACAAGGAUCCACACAAUUUAGAUAGCUUAUAGAUAUUUUAUUCAUCCUAAAAGUUCAAAAAAAGAGCAUUUUUUUUCUAUAUGUAUUACCUGUAAAGAAUACCUAUUUUGACAUAGGAAGGACUUUGGUUAGGAAUAAGUUCCCUAAUAGUGUUUAAGGACUGAAAUACAAUUAAGAUUUUGAAUACUUUAUCAUUAAGAACAGAUAGAAUUUUAACUCUUGAGAUAUUUGCCAGUGGGGAGGUAAUAUCUAUUUAGGUGUUUACAUUGAGUAAUAUUGAAAGUUAUAACUGUAACUACAUAGGCAUUGGUACGAAUUCUCAAUAAGAAUGCAAUUGAACAGUCAAGUGCAGUGUUGCUUUUGAUGUCUUUUAUUUUGUAGCUGGGCCAAAGGCACAUGAUGUAUAUAAUUAGUUUAUGUUUACAUAUUAACAUACAGGAAAUAUACCUGCACUUGACUGUACUUGAAUUCUUAGUAUUAUUUAUACUUGUAAAAUAAUGGUAUAUAAGUGAGUUUUGUGCUGCUGUGUGUGUUUUGUUAAGGAAAAUAAAGAUGAUCUGACAGCAAUUUCUUUUUGUUAAAUAUCUAGAUUUCUUCAAAUUGUACCUUGGUGGAUAACUUGGCUAUUUGAAAAAUCUUAGUAGAAAGAGCUCUCAGUAUGAUAAAUCUAUAAAAUCAGCUUAGAGCAAAUUAUAAUGCCUUUAUUUAGAUUUGUUGCCUUUUAAGUUCAGAGAAAUGAUGAUAUUUAGUGGUUCUAAUCAGAAGUUAGGUUUUUCUGAUUCAGAAACACCUUAGGCCAUUUGUAGUUUUAACUUUGAAAAAUGAAUAUGUUUUGUGAGAAUAGGCAGUUAAUUGCUUAUAGUUCACUGGGUUAAAUAUGUAUACUAAGGAGCAAGUGGGAAAAUUUUGUGACCUAGAAUGGUAAUCCUUGAACCUGAAAAUACAGUGUGAUGAUCUAUUCUGGUGUCCUUAUUAUGCCAAAGUGGGGAACACAUAAGAAUAGUACAUCUGCCUAAUAUUUUAAUUGUACACAGAUUAUUAAAAUUGAUAAAAAAUUUUGUAUAAUUUAAAAUUUAUUUUUCAACUUACUAUCCCAUAUCUGAUACAUACUUUGAAAGAACUCAAUCUGUUUAGGUCUUGAGGCAUCUUGGUGUAGUGGCUCAGUUUUCAAGCUUGUGAAAUUGGACUUAAAUUCCAGCUCAGCAGUUUUGGGCAAGUAUUUUCUCAUCUGUAAAAUGGGAAGAAUAAUACCUGUUUUUGAGAUGUAUUGGGGUGAUUAAAAAUAAUUUAUAUAAUGUGCCUAGCUCACUUGCCUGGUUAAUUACUAGAUAUUAAUCUAAAUAGAUAUUAAUCUAAAUGGUAGCAUUCAUUAUCGACAUCCUUAUGAAAUAAUAGAAGAGUCAUAAAUUCUUCCUCUGGCAAAUAAGAAAAUUAAAAAAGAAUAUGAACAUGCAAUUGAACUGUUCAGAAUGAAAUCAAAGUUUUCUGCUUCUACUUUUCAUUGUCAUAUGUAUGUAUAUAAUUAGAUUGGAAACUGGAAUAUAAUCUUUAAUUUUACUUUUUUUUUUUUUAUUUUUUUGGUGGUACUGGAGUUUGAACUCAGGGCCUCAUGCUUGCUAGGCAGGUGCCCUACCACUUGAGCCACUCCACCAGCCCUGGAAUAUAAUCUUUAAAAAAGAGAAUUUCACCAGUGUUUUUGACAAAACAGCUUACUAAUAUCUUGCACAGUCUUGUUAUAAAACAUUCAAAUUCUAAUGUAUAUUGCUACAAAAUGAGUACCUUGGAGAAUUAGAAAUUAAUGGUAGAAACAAAUAUUUUGAGAAAUAACUGAAAAAAACAUGAAAUAAGGUUAAAAAAGGGGUUAGUAAAAUUAAUACAAAAGAUAAUGUGCUUAUGAUUGUGUAGUAUCUUAAAAUAGAAGAGUCCAUUCUGAUAACAUUUUAACAAACAGUCAAUGGUUGGAAGAUAGUAAAAUAUUCCAUUUCUAAUUAUUAAGACUAGUAUAAAUGAGGAAAACCAAACUAUUAAGUACUCCUAGCCAGAGUGAUCUUCUCUAUUUAUGACUGCUCAUCUGGGUAUUAUUUAAACUCUUCACAUUAUGCUCUCAGUGUGAUCUGCAAACAAGGGUUAGCUUUUCUCCUUCCCAUACCCAUGCUUAUAGGGUAGUCACGCAGGCCUCCUUGUUUCCCUGCUCUGGCCAUACUCAGCCCUUUUCUGCUUUAGGUCUUAGCUUAAUUUUUUCCUCUUCAGGGAGAUGCUCUCCCUAUCUGAAGCUGGUCUCUGCCUUUUACUCUCCUAUCAUGUAAUUCUGUCUUUACUCACCAUCCCCAUCACAAUUUGUAUUUUAUUUGUUUUCUCACUAAAUGUCUUCAAAACAAAUUUUUCUUUCACCUUUAUCUUGAGAACCUAGCACAAUACUUGACACGUUUAUGUGAAGGAAUAACUGUUGCUCCAUCCAGAGAAAACUCAGUUCUUAACUUGGUAGACUGACAUUGCUGGGUGCUCUCUGAAAUGUUUUUUUUCCCCUUUUGGCUCUCAACAUAUCAUGCUACUGUUUUCUUCCCUGUCCUUUUACUAUCAGUGUCCUUUGCAGACCUGUCAUCCUCUGCCCAUCCUGUAAAUGUUCGUGUUCCCUGUGUCCUACUUAUUGCAGUUAUUCACUCUGCAUAUUCUUUCUCUAGGAGUUCUCAUCAGUGCCAUGAAUUUAAUUACCAUCUGUCUAUUUGAGUGUCAGAUCUUUAGCCUCGGUCUGUUUCCUUUUCUUCAUAGCUAUAUAUUUACCCACCUACUGCCAUGUCUCUGGAUCAGUAUAUUUAAAAGUGAAUACUAUCUUCAAACUUUCUAUGUCUCUUAUCUCAUCAGAUAGCAUCACUAUUUAAGCCAGAAAAUAGAGUCUGUACACUCAUUCCUUUUCCUUAUAUCCAAACUGUCAAUUCCAAACUGUCAGACUUUAUUUUUCUAAACUGCCCUCCCCCCUGUUUUUUUCCCUGGAGACUGGGUCUUGUUCUGUAGCCCAGGCUGGCCUCAAACUAAGAGAUCUUUCUGACUUAGCCUCCUGAGUGCUGGGAUUACAGGUGUGUACUACUAUGCUUGGCUUUCUCUUACAUCAUAUAUGUAUUCUCAUUUCUCCAUCCCAUUACAUUGUAUUAAUAAUGAUAAUAAACAUUUACAUUCUUAUUCUGUCAGGUAAUAUGCUAACUGCUAACAUGCUAUUAUAUGUGUGUGUGUGUAAUAUAUAUGUAAUUUUAUUUAUUCUUUGGCCACAGUCAUGUGAAACUUUAUUUCUGGAUUAUAGGAGAGAAAAUUGAGGUGCAAAGAGAAUAAGCAGCUUUCACAAAAAAUAAGCAACUUUUCUCAAAGUUGUACACCUGGUAAGUGGAAAAUCUGAGAUUUGAAGUAAGCAAGUGACUUUGGAUGCCUUACUAACUUUUGGUGCUGAGGGUUGGACCUAGGAUCUCAUGGAUGCUAAGCACAUGCUUACCAUUGAACUAUACUCCAACUCCCAGAGGACUUACGCUUGUCAUCAUACUGCCCUCUAAUUCAUGCCUCCAUCACCUCAGGUUACCAAUGCGGCCUUAAUAACAGGUUUCUGUCUCCAGUCUUGCCCACUUGAUGUCUAUUUUGUGUGCUGCAGCUUCACACCACUUGCUUAGGCAAUAAUUCUUCAUUGGGGGAUAAGGUCAGAGGUAAGAAUAUGGCCUACAAAGCCCUGAAUGGCUCCUUUGGCAUUGUUUUGCACUACCACUAAGUAACCACCAUCUCCUCUAUACACAUCUACAUCCACACACCUGCCCCACACUUUGUGUAUUUUCUGUGCUGCAUAUGGGAAGUUUUUCCUAAUCUCCUAGCCUUCCUCUGCCUGAGCUAUCCUGUUCACAUAAAUAUGGGGGCACUCAACAAAUCAUUAAAUUGGAUUAGUUCCAGUUAGAACCCAAGUUUGGAAAUUUUGGUACUUGAUAAGCUAUGACUUUUUUUCUAUUUUAUUUAUCUAUUUAUUUAUUUAUUGUAAUAGAUUUAAGCUUAUAGCCUUAAGCUUGCUAGGCAAGUACUCUACUAUUUGA